AAUUUGACGUAGAAAUUGAUUCCUCAAACGGCGAACGCUUGCAUCUCAAAAUGCAAACUUUAAUACCUUCCGACACCGUCCACCGGUACUUCCCUGAUGCACUUCAUUUUUUCCUUCUUAAAUCCUCCAAAACUCACCAGGAAACCCAACAGCUUCACGCACUUUCCCUCAAAACCGGCGUUUUCUCUCAUCCUUCACUUUCUUCUCGUCUCCUUUCUCUCUAUGCCGACCCCAACAUCAACGACCUUCGCUACGCCCGCUCCGUCUUCGAUCAAAUUCAACACCGCUCGUUGCUUCUCUGGAACAUCCUCAUCAAAUGCCACGUACAAAACCAACAAUCCCAUGAAGCCAUCUCCCUGUUCGUCCAGAUGCUUGGUCAUUUUCCGCCCGACGAAUUCACGUUUCCUUGCGUAAUAAAGGGAUGUGCUAAGUUAAAUGCUCUGAAAGAAGGGAAACAAAUUCAUGGGUUGGUUUUGAAGCUUGGGUUCGGAUUAGAUAAAUUUGUGCAGGGUAGUUUGGUUAAUCUGUAUUCCAAGUGCGGCGAGAUUGGUUCUGCACACCAAGUGUUUGAUCAAAUGGGAGAGAAAGAUUUGGUUUUAUGGAAUUCUUUGCUUGAUGGAUACGCUAGGUGUGGACAAAUUAAAGCUGCCAUGAAGGUGUUUGAUGAAAUGCCUGAAAAAGAUUGUUUUUCAUGGACUGUUUUGAUUGAUGUGUUGGCUAAGUGCGGGAAGAUUGAGACUGCUAGAGAUAUAUUCGAGGAGAUUCCAAAUAAGAAUUUAAUUUCGUGGAAUACUAUGAUUAACAGAUAUAUGAAAGCUGGAGAUGUUAAUUCUGCUUCUAAAUUGUUUGAUCGAAUGACUACAAGGAAUUUGGUCACGUGGAAUACAAUGAUAGGAGGAUUCGAAUCGAAUUCGCACUUUUUGGAAGCUUUGGAGAUGUUUAGGAGAAUGUUGGAGGAGGAAUGUAGCCCUACUGAUGCUACUUUAGUUGGUGUUAUUUCUGCUGUCUGUGGAUUAGCUAGUCUUGCAAAGGGAAGUUCGAUACAUUCAUAUAUUGUCAAAAAUGGAAUUGGAUUAGAAGGGGUUGUUGGCACAGUACUCAUAGAAAUGUAUUCCAAGUGUGGAUGCAUUGAUAGUGCGGUAACAGUUUUCCGGACAAUAUGCGGCAAAAAGUUGGGGCAUUGGACUGCUAUUAUCGUCGGCUUGAGUAUUCAUGGUAUGGCUGAACAUGCUCUGAAACUAUUUCUUGAAAUGCGCCAAAUCGGUGUGAAGCCUAAUGCUAUAACUAUUGUUGGUGUGCUUAAUGCUUGUAGUCAUGCUGGACUUACUAACGAUGGUCGUCGAUAUUUUAAUAUGAUGAUGAAUGAAUAUGGAAUAAAGCCUUCUAUAGAACAUUAUGGUUGUCUGGUAGACAUAUUUUCUCGAGCUGGUUAUCUUGAAGAAGCAAAGAAGAUCAUUGAAGUGAUGCCGAUGAGAGCAAACAAAGUAAUUUGGAUGACAUUGCUUAGUGGUGCUCGGAAACAUGGAAACACAAAAAUAGGUGAAUAUGCUGCUCAACAUUUGAUCGAAAUAGCUCCGGAGACUAUCGGGGGUUACGUUGUUCUUUCCAAUAUGUAUGCUGUAGCCGGUGAAUGGGACAAGGUUUCAAAGGUAAGAGAAACGAUGAAGAAGAGAGGAUUAAGAAAAGAUCCAGGCUGCAGUUCAAUAGAGCAUAAAGGUGUGGUUCAUAAGUUCAUUGUGAGAGAUAAAUCACAUCGGCAAACGAAAGAAAUAUAUUUGAAACUGAGUGAGAUGAGAGAGAAGUUGAAACUGGCAGGGCAUGUUCCUGGCACAAGUCAAGUGUUGUUGAAUAUUGAAGAUGAGGAAGAGAAGAAAGCUGAACUGGAAAACCAUAGCGAGAGGUUGGCUAUUGCCUUCGGUCUCAUCAAUAUCGAAGCUGGAUGUCCCAUCCGGGUCACGAAGAACCUUCGGGUUUGCAGUGAUUGUCACUCUGUAACAAAAAUGCUGUCUAAGAUCUAUAGUUGUGAGAUUAUUGUGAGAGAUAAUAGCCGGUUUCAUCAUUUUAAAAACGGGUUCUGUUCUUGUAAAGAUUUUUGGUGAUUGCCUUAGCUGUUGGCUUGUAUUAU